CAAAUCACAGUCCACCCAGAUAUUAGAUAAACAUGAAAACAUUAAAAUAUAUAAAAUUUCAACCAGAUUUCUCUACUUUUUUUCCCCCUUUAUCAGGGCUUUUUAGCUCCCCCGUUCUUUCAAGAAUCUGAGAAAUCUGAUAUAACAUUCGGGGAUGGAUUUGCCAGACUAUAAGAAAAUUGUUGUGAGGGGCAUCACCGCCUUGGAACAAGCCGGCCUCUUCACGAUUCGGGUCUUUGCACAGGUGCAAGGUGUGGGCAGAGAGAGUAUGGCGAGUCAAGGAGAUGUGGGAUGCUGUUAUGUCAGCGUGGAAGAUGCGUGUGAAACAGGAUGCAUUGCAGCCUGCCAGAGAGCUAGUCACAAUGCUAAUUCUGCUUCUGCAAUUCAGGAUUGUAGUGAGGCGUGUAUAAAGGCCUGUGUGAGACCUGGAAUUUCUGUGGGCAAAUUCACAACCACAGUUUCAACAGUGAAUAAAUGAAUUCGGGAUCGGAUCCGUUUGGCAUUGUAAAUUCAUGGAGUUUUAAGAUUUGGUUGGGUUUUUGGCGCAGCCAACACAGAUUGUAUUCAGAUCAUUGUAUGAAUUCCACUGUAACCAUGCGAAUCGAUUGGGCACGAACAUUGUGCCUGAAAUUUUGAUAAGCUUGAAAUGGAAAAUAAUGCCGGAAUGUUCCGAUUUGGAUCCAAAAGUAUUCGUACGACUCUUGGAUUCCGCACCUGGAAUUUUUUUUUUUUAUUGGAUUAAUUAUUAUUUUUAAUCUGUACUUUAUGAAAUUAAGGAAGAAACAUUCUCAUUAA